GCACAGUGAGCGGUUGCAUUAUCAGAUAAGUACCUACAUUUCUUGCUUGAAAAAUAUGUUGAGAAUAAGACAACUGCCACAAGUUUUGCAAGAGAUUGCUGAAAAAGAGCUAAAUGAAAAGUCGGAAAGAUUGAUUUCUGAUGUUGCAGCUAUUAGAAGUUGGCUCAAAAGACAACCGCAUUUACACACUGUCAAUCCACCCGAUCAAAUAUUAGUGUCGUUCUUACGAGGAAAUAAAUUUAGCCUUGAAAGGACAAAAGAAAAGCUCGACAUGACUUAUACACUACGUACUGUGGUUCCUGAAUUAUUUCAAAAUAGAGAUCCCUUAGAUACAAAAUUGAAUGAAAUCUUAAAAAGGGGCUUUUCGUUACCAUUGAACAAUACAUUGAAGCCAGGUUGUGGUCGUCCAGUACUAUUGCGUUAUGGUUUUCCUGAUGGAAAGUUAUUUCCAGCGGAAGAUCUUAUGAAAGUUUGUUACAUGGUGAUUGAGAUUUUAAUGCAAGAAGAUGACAAUUUUAUAGUCGUUGGGGAGGAAGCUAUUGUAGACUUAAAGGACAUCAGUUUAGCUGCUGUCGGUCAAUGGACACCAGCAUUAGCGAAGAAAGUUAUAACAUCCUUCGAGAAGGCUCUCCCAAUUCGUGUCAAGAAUAUGCACUUGCUGAACCCACCGCCCGGAUUUGAAACUAUGUUUGCUUUUAUAAAGUCAUUUAUGAGCGAAAAGUUGAAAAAGAGGAUUCAUCUCCAUAAUCCACCAUACAAAACGUUUCAUGAACAGUUUUCACAAGAGUCUCUACCCGUUGAAUACGGUGGAAAGAACGGGACCAUACAAGAGCUUACGGAUUAUUGGAAAGCGAAAGUGGAAAGCUAUCGGGACUGGUUCCUCGCUGAGGAAAAAAUACGCUCGGACGAGUCUAAACGCCCAGAGAAACCCAAGACUGCAUCUUCACUAUUUGGAAUUGAAGGCUCCUUCCGAAAGCUUGAUGUUGACUGA